AUGAUUAGAUGCAAAGUGUUAUGUUAAACAAAGCUAGUUACGAUUAAAUACCAUAAUUUUUUUUCGGAGAAAAUUAAUAAUAAAACUAACAACAAUAAUAAACUAUAGUAAUACAAAUAUUUUAUAUAAAAUAUAUAUAUAUAAAAAUAUAUAUAUGUAAAAAUAAUAAAUACAUAUAUAUAUAUAUAUAUAUAAAAUAUAUAUAUAUAUAUUUAAAUAAAUAUAAAUAUAAAUAUAUAUAUAUAUACAUAUCUUUAUUAAUAAAUUUUUGCUAACAUAAUUAUAUAGAAUACAAUUAAUGAAAUUUUCGGAAAAAAUAAUGAAAUAUAACUAAAAGAAUUCAAAGAUUUAAUAACAAAAGUAUGUUAAUUACCCAAUAUUCUAAUCUAAUUGUUAUUUAAUAAAAUCGACAAAUAAAAGAAUGAUAAAAUAAAUAAAACAGUAUUUUUGAAUUAUUGGAAAAAUGAAUUACAAAAUACUUCUUUAUAAUAACGUUUUUUUAAUAUUUUGAAAAAAUAAUCUAAUGACUUUAUUGAAAGAGAUGAUUUCUUACCAUUAAUGAAAGUUCUUCUUGAAACUCAUCCUGGAUUAGAAUUUCUUAAAGCAACUCCAGAAUUUUAAGAAAGAUAUGCUGAUACAGUUAUAAUUAGAAUUUUUUUUAUUGUAAAUAGAAAAGAUGAUGGCAAAAUAACUUAUAAAGAAUUUAAAAAAAGUAAUCUUUUCUAAAUAUUAUAAUAAGUAGAUACUGAAGAAGAUAUAAAUAAAAUAAGAGACUAUUUUUCUUAUGAACAUUUCUAUGUUUUGUAUUGCAAAUUUUGGGAAUUAGAUUAAGAUCAUGAUUUUUUAAUAAAUAAAGAAGAAUUUAGUAGAUAUUCAGGUCAUACUUUAUCAAGAAAAACAGUGGAGAGAAUAUUUGAAGAAAUUCCAAGAUAAUUUAAAAGCGGAGAAUUAUAAAAAAUGGGUUAUGAAGAUUUUAUUUGGUUUGUUCUUGCUGAAGAAGAUAAAACUAAUUUAACUAGUUUAUAAUAUUGGUUUAAAAUUAUAGAUUUAGAUAACAAUGGAAUAAUUACUGGUUAUGAAAUGAAAGAAUUUUUCGAAGAACAAAGAUAAAGAUUAGAGUAUUUAAAUCACGAAUUAGUGUAUUUUGAAGAUAUAGUUUGUUAAAUGGUUGAUUUAUUAAAACCUGAAGAUGAUAUAAAAUUUUAUUUUUAUCAUUUUAAAUAAAAAUAAAAUUUAAGUGGAGUAUUCUUUAAUUUUUUAACAAAUUUAAAUAAAUUUGUAUCAUAUGAAUAAAGAGAUCCAUUUAAUAUUAGAAAUGAGCUUAAUGAGCAUCCUGAUUAUUCAGAUUGGGAUAGAUUUGCUUAAAAUGAAUAUCUUAGGCUAGCUAUGGAAGAAGAAAAUUAAGAAAAUGGAGAAGUAUUUAAUGAUGGAAAUGAUCCUUGGGAUUAAGAAACUGGGCAAGAAAAUAUUAAUUGA